AUGGCCAACAGAACACACACUUCACGAAGUAGAACUAACUCGAGAGACAAGAUAUUGAACGGGCCCCUUCUUAUUCGCGACGGUUUCCCUUCCCUAGCCAAGACGGCCUUUGCAGAACACGGCAUCGACUGUUCUUUCGGGUCUUAUGACUCUAAAGAAGCUUAUAUAUUCACAGGCAACCUCUGCGCCCGCAUCAAUUUCGCUCCCCGCAGCACGGAUGACCGUAUCAUCGAAGGACCCGUGACCAUAGCUGAGAUGUUCCCUUUCUUCAAAGGGACCGGGUUUGAGAAUGGUGUUGAUGCUGCCUUUGAGUAUUCAGCCGACUAUGAAGCUUACAUUUUUAAGGGGGAUCGAUACGCUCUCAUCAACUACAAGCAACCAAGGCUCAUUGGCGGACCUAAGAAGAUCACCGACGGCUUUCAUAGCUUGAGGGGCACCAUCUUUGAGAGCGGAAUUGAGGCGGCCUUUGCUUCCCACACCAAAAACGAGGCCUAUCUUUUCAAAGGAGACCAAUACGCGCUCAUCAAUUUUGCCCCUGGCGGCACUGAUGACUAUAUCAUUACUGGUCCUAAGAAGAUCACUCCCAGUUGGCCCUCUUUGGCCACCGUCCUGCCCCACAAAAACCACGGUCUGGAUUGAGCAUGGGCACGCACUCUAGGCAUGCAUGCUGCUCUCCGGUAAGGCGGUCUACGUGCCGGGCAUGCAACACCGGCUAAGCUAUCUAUCAUCUAUCUAUUGUGUGCUUUUACUUUUGUGUGAUGAUUUCCAAUAAAGGAGGUGGCAGGCAAGACGGCAGCAGGAUACUACUACUUGCUCUUGUGAUAUACUGUGUCCUAGCCGAUUUUGCUACAUCCCACCCAGCUUGUUGUCCUUGUAUUUCUUUCCUGUAUGGCUUUUUCAUCGCGUUCAUUAAUAAUGAGCCACCAGUUAUAUAUGUUGUAAGUUGCUGAUGUA